CCCUACUCCAACUUUCUUCAAACUUCUUGAUCCUAUCAACAACAAGAAUGACGGACAGCCCUUCCAGGAUCGAGCUCUUCUCAAACAGGCCGGCCGAUCUCUUCCAAUCCCUCCGGUCCCGCGACACCCCAAUCGAGGAGCGAAUCAAAUUGGCACAGCGCCAUUGGACCGAUCAACAGUUCAUCUUGCCCUACAAACAGCUCUACUUCUUGCGUUGGAUAUUUGAUGUAGAAUUCUUUGAGUCCAAGAGGUCAAACAAAAAAAGCAAGACAGAAUCAUUUACCUCACCUGUGCAUUAUCCAGUGUUCUGGAAGUUUCUUCGUCAACUCGUCUCAGAUAUCCAGGCUUCGGAUUUAUCUACCGUUCUUGGAGGGACGCCCCCGAUUAUACUACUCCGUCAUACUUUUUUAGAAUGGUCUAAUCUGUUCGAAGAUCUUGAAUUUUCUCAGGACGUCUUGUCAACGCUGAAAGCAAUAUUUCCGACCAUCAGCCAACGCCUCCCUUUCGAUGUAUCAUUAGAAAUACUGAAUGAAAUAUUUGAAGGAUUGAUGAAAUUGCCACGUUCAAUAUCCGAACCAGUGGAACAAAUAGUCCUGUUGAUCAUUAAUGGAAUUUUACCGGCCAUCGAACAAGCCCCCAAUUCUCGGAAGGCAUUCAAUUCCAUCGUACUCAACCAGAAAUUUUUGGAUUGUGCCCUCCAGGUGGCAUUCAGUCCACACGCUACCGCCUCAUUGAAAUCAUUGGUUCUUCAAAUCAUCCGAAGUUUAACCUUUAAUAUCGAAAACUUGAAAAAAAUCCAUUUAAAUCAAGGCGUUCCAAUAGAAUGGCUGGAAGCCUUGCAUACGAUUGGGAAGCAAAACAAAAAAAUGAGUGCCGCAGUCAUCGAAAUCAUUACCCAUCUGGUGUCGACAUUGAUCUGCGAAUUACCAAGCUUACGUUCUCAGCUGUUCAGUCAGCAUCUCGCCAGCAAUGCACCUCAGUCAAGCAACAGUCGAAAUGUGGCAGUCGAUUUAGCCUAUCUCCACGCGACCCGAACCUUUAUUCUUCACGUAGUAAAUAACUGCUGCCAAGUCUUGAGGGAUUUAGGAUCGUCUAGUACUUCCAACCUGGCAGCUUCUAUGGCAAGCCACAAAAGGAUCAUCCGACUAAUUAUGGAUUCCAACUUAUACGAUCCCGGUCAGCCUAGUCAACACGAGAUCCUCGACCAGAUUGCCAAUCAUUGCGCUUGUCAUCUAUCAAACUCAUCAGCUGAUAUCGCCAUGGACUCCCUGCAAAUUUUGGUUGAUUUACUAUCACUUGAUUACACUUUGAUCGAAGUUCGUUUGAACCUCAUAUUGCAAAAUCUGAUCGUUUCGCCUUACGACCCUCAUAAUUCGGGACCGAUGUGUCAAUUCUUCGAUGGCGUAUUCAGUUGGUUUUCGAAAGCAAAGCAAAUACCAAGCCUAUUUAACCAGUGGAUCGAGAUCAUCGUAACCAAGCUACCUCAGUUUUCACUCCGAGAUAUUUCUAAUGGUCCAUUGAUGGAUAGGACGUUCAUAGAACGAGCCCACGAAGAACUCCGUCUCUCCGUUUCAUCUGCACAAAUGGCAGUGAUACACGACUUACUAAGCAGUAGAAUCCGAAGUGUGAUUCAAAGUUCGACUCUCUGCCCCGGUGACUCCAACCUAGAGCCCUCCUCCAAAAGGCGCAGAAUUUCGGUCACACAAACAUCUUCACCAACUUCUCGUUCUUCCCUUCAAUCGAAGGAGUGGUCGAGUCUUUCCCGAAAGAUUUCUAGCUUUGGCGGUGAAAUCAUCAACGCGAUUGCCCUACCAACAUUACAGCGCUGGCCGACCACGAACUCGUCAAAAAAUCGAUUCCGAAAAUUCAAGAAUCUUUCAGAGCAAACCGUCUUGGCUUCUGCGUUUCGCAUAUUAGCUUCAAUCGUUCAGGUACAAGGCCUUCAUACUUCUUCGGAAUUGGAUGUUCUUGAACUGUCAGAAUGGCUUGAAUUACUAUCUCAAGUCUCUAGUCGAAAAAAGAACCACUUAGACCCCGGGCUGAGCUUUGAAUUGAUUCAUCUUUUUCUGGAAUACACCUCUCAAAGACUAUCUUGCCUCAAAACUGUGGAUCCCACCAUCCCACACACCGCUUACCAAACCAUAUUCAAGUUAGUUGAACAGUGUCCGACGCCCAGCGAAUUCAGUUGGAAUGGAUCUAUCGUAUCUCUCACAUCGUCCGAACUUCCUUCUGCGUUAUGGCACUAUUUAGCUACCACACACUUGUCCGAGUUUGCGACCUUGGCUACAGCUGAGCAGUUAAAUCAAUUUGCACAAAUUGCUAUCAACUUCGGAUCUCAGACAUUAGAUAUUUCGACUGAAAAACGACGUUUCAGCAUCCUCAGCAUAAGCCGAAUGAUGUUACGUUCAUCCGUUUUUCUCGAAUGCACUAGUCUCCGUGAACCAUUGCUUCAAAAAUUGGUAGCGGCUUUCGAAGCAAUCAUGUCCUUGGAAGAGGGCGAAGCUUCGCCUGAAUUGGGCACAACUCAGCUGGAUAAUGUUAACUGCCUUUAUGAGAUAAUUUCUUACUUGCCGUUGAGCUAUUUUACUAAAUGGGCUCGAAAGCGUUUGUUCAACUGGAGUUUCGCGUGGAAUCAGGCCUUACUAAGUCAAACAGUCGCCAGUGUAUCACCGCUCAGUCAGGCUGUCUCCGUCAUUCGGUCUCGCGUCUUCUUAUGUAGAAUACUAUCAGAUCCACUUUCCUCCGCCAAUCCAGAAAUGAUGAAGCAGGCCGUCCCUAUGAUAAUCAAAUUCUUAGACUGUUGCGGCACGGAAGAAGAUCAAGAUGUGUUAAUAAAAGUCACUGAACACUUGAUUUCUGGGAUCAUUACUAAAUUGAUCAAGAACAUGAAGUCGGGGGAAGAUUCGGAAUGCAGCUUCAGUUUACUAGAUCAGUUCUGCGUGGCUCUUUCACAGCGCAUUAAACAUCUCGCUAAGACAAUCGUUAAGACCAGGUCGAUUAAAUCAGAAGACAGACUCGUCAUCUCACCAUUACAAGUUAUAGCUGACUAUGGCAGAACACACAUAAUCAAUUCUAAUCGGGAGGCUAGUGCUGAAGAAGUCAUUUUCAUUCAGCGGUUCCACCAGCUCAUUCGGCCAAUGCUGGAUAAUCUGGAGUCAGCUUUGAAAAAAGCUCGAGCGAAAGCAAGCUCGAAUCCGUCAAAUCUGGGAUUACUUGAGCUUGGCAAGAUUUACCUCCAGUUAUGCCGCAUUGAAGGAAGUCAAGCAAGAUCUGUGGACAGUUUGAUUGAUUUGAAGCUACUUCUACCAUCACUGGAUCGAAUCAAAGAAUACCGGUCCGGUCUGGAAGCAUCCGAUCCGCACUCAGAAGUAGAAGAAGAAAUCCUUCCGGAGUGUCUAGACCUGUUUGAAGAAAUGAUACAAAUCCAUCGACAUCGAUAUGGUACGAAACGCAAAGAAUGUGUGAACGCCUUUCAAACUCUGGUCGUCUCGCACGUGCAUCUCCGAGCCUCAAGAACAGGUCAAGAUGAUCAACAUAAUUUCGAUUUGAAGUUAAGAGGCUCAUUCAUUCGAAGUUGCAAGAAUGCACAUCCUCGCGAAUCUCGUGAAGCUUUACGGAUGAUUUUGAGCGAAAUCAAUGAUUGUUCUAAAACGUUUCUCGGUGCCGGCUCUGGUCAAACCUUCAAUCUUGGCUCGCAUUCAUUCACCAGAUUUCGAAUCUUGAUUGACGUUGCAGUUCUUUUGAUCUUGAACUAUUCUGGUCAUGAUGCCGAUGAUGCGCGUACUCAUCAUGUGGGUUCCAGUAGCGAACUUGAAGAAGUGAUUUUGAAACUCUUGAAAAUUUUGAAGAUGAUCGAUCUCGAUGACCAGCAAAAAGGUUCUAGCCAGCAAGAAGCUCUGAACCUCUACGCUUGGAAGACUGACUUGAUUGAUCAACUUUGUACUCAAGAACCUCAUAGACUCGGCCGAAGCUCACUCCUUGAGGUUCUGGAGAUCUUGAUUGAACUCAGCACUCGAAAAGAGUUCCAGACUGUUCAAUCGUUACAUGACAAGCUGGUAUCGAUCACCUCCCACCUUAACCAAGAAUGUUUGAGACGGUCAUUGAUCAACCAAUUUCCGAUAUUGGUUGGCCUCCUCUCACGACUGAUGAUCCCAACACUAGACUUGAAAAAUUAUUCACGACUGGUGACCGAUUUGACGUCAACAAAUCGACUGAUCGGCCCCUUCUCGAAACAUUCUCCGUUCCUCAUGGUCGACUUGGUCUCGAAGAUCUCGCAAGCUCCAUCCUCUGCUUCAGUCGAGAGUUUCGUUAACCAUGGCUUGUUUAGUUUGAUCUCUACCAUGGGAAAAUUCGAACGAAACUCGGUUGGUUAUCGGUUCUUGGAGGCUCAACAUCUUGGAUCCUCUUCUGUUGAUCAUCAUCUUCAGUCGGAUGAGAAUUCAAACAGUCUACUUAAUUGGAAGAAAAUCUUGAAGAAUUGGGAGACUUUGAGAUACAAAGGUACUGAUUGA